UAUGGAUGAAACAUUAAAAGUAUUCCACCGCGUUCUUUCUAUUGGUGGGAUAUCAAUAUUUGCUAAAAGAAAUUGGGAUAGUACAAUAUGGCUCGCAUUUCAAUCGUUCAAUGUAUUUGUUGGAUUUUUUUGUUUUAUUUUUACCACUGGAUUCGUCGUCACAAAUACCUCAGAUGUCCUGAUAUUUAUCAAAGGGGCUUGUAUUUGGGCAACUGGUGUAAUAAUGACCAUAAGUCUGGCCAUGUGCUUAGCUUUCAGAAGCAAUUUUCGUAAGUUUUUAGAAGAGAUGCUGUUCGUGGAUCGGUUAUUGGAUAUACCGUUGAUAAGACAUGUCGUUGCUGAUGAAGAAGGCUCUAAAUCGAUUGAAUUGAAGAAUUUGGUAAAUAAUACUCAGAUAAAAUUGUUCAAGUAUACGAAAAUACUUCUUAGGUGUUACGUUUUUUGCGUUUAUUUCGUGGCAACCCUAUACCUUUGCAGUCCAAUUUAUGAAAUGCUUAUUAGACAUGAUAAGUCUUUACGACUUUUGGCAUUCGACAUGUGGUUCCCGUGGGAUUUGGAAAACUUAUAUGUUUAUAUAGCUACGUUUAUAUACCACGUUUAUGCUGGAUAUUUGUGUUGUGUCGCAUACCCUGGUCUACAAUCAAUGAUCAUUUUACUCGUUGGUCAGAAGAUACGUCACUUGAGAGUGUUGACGUUCAUUCUUCUUAAUCUAGAUGAACUGGUUAUGGAGACUUUGAAGGAAAACCAGGAACAGUGGCAUGCGUGUUGCACUGAUAUAUUAUUGCAGUGCGUGGAUCACUAUGUAAACCUCAAGAACUUCAGUAACAGAUUAAAUAAAAUAUGUCGACCUUUCUACUUGACCCUUAUUCUGGUCGCUAUCAUACUCGUUUGUAUGUGUUCAGUGAAAAUCGCUAAAUCGGAUAAACUAUCGCUGGACACAAUGAAGUAUUACACCCACGAAUUAUGCUUCAUACUAGUAGUGCUUAUGUUUUGCUUAUUGGGACAGCAAGUUGAGAAUGAAUGUGAAAAAUUGGAUAUAGCUGUCACAGAAAAGUGGUAUAUAUUUAACAGGCAUCAUAAAUUAAAUGUGCGUAUAUUCAAAAUGGCGACGGGUCAGAAAAUGCCUAUAUAUAUUUUUGGAACGAUUACAUUAUCAUUGCCUACAUUCACUUGGUUCAUUAAAACGGGAAUGUCUUUUUUCACAUUAGUGAUGUCGGUGAUAGAAGAUUGAAAUUAAAAUAAUAAAUAAUAUGACUAAUUUAAAACAGUAAACAUGUUUAAUAUAAUAGAAAAUAGAACAUAAAACUAGGGUUUAUAAAAAACAAUUAAUUUAUACAAAAUAAAUAAAUAAUGUAUAAUUAUGCACUUACUUACACUGUAAUUAAUUAUGCGCAACAAUUAUGCACUACAAUCAUAAUUACAAGUUCAGAUUUUUAAUUAAUAAUUGGAAUUGAUAUGUAUUGUAUCUAGACAAAUUUUUUUGCAGUACUUUAUACAUAACGGCCAAUAGCAAUAAAAUAGAAUAGUACAAUUAUAUAUAAAACUGUUUAUUUAAGUUAUAAAACGCUUUAUCUAAGUCAUAGAUGAUUCAUAGUAACUUUUGUAGAAACUUUACGUAUUAUUAUAUGAAAAAUUAGUAUUUAAAAAGUUUACUGGAAAAUAAAAAUACGCCUCUAUUUUAUUAAUUAAUAAAUAUUGAUAACU